CUGGUCAACAAAGGCACGUGAUUCCCGAGCGCUCUCCCAUAUUUGGCCGCAUACCUGGCAAAGUUCAGUAGGCUUCAUUGCUAUAAUUCAUGAUUACAUCAUAAAUCGUGAAGCAGAGGAUUAUAGCGACAAAGAUCUACAAAUCCAGUCUUUAAAAACAACCAAAUGAGCUCUUACUUUGUUAACUCGUUUUCAGGGCGCUAUCCGAAUGGCUCCGACUAUCAGUUAUUAAAUUAUGGGACUAACGGCGCUGUGAACGGUACGUUUAGGGAUUCUGGCACCAUGAACUCCGGGUCUUUCGGCUGCAACUACAAUGGCAUGGACCUAACCGUAAAUCGCACCAACACUGGUAACCACUUCGGGGCUGUUGGGGAUGAUACUCGUGGUUUCCCGUCCACGGGCACGGACGCCCGAUACAGACAGCCGACCUGCUCGCUCUCGUCUCCACAUCCACACCCCCUGCCUUGCGGCACCCCCGAGUCUUUGGAAAUAAAAAGCCCCUCUCCUCCAUCUGACCGGACCACGACCUCGGGCGGCAAUAAUAAUCUCAACAAAGGCAACAACAGUCAUUUCACAGAGACAGAGGAUACCGCCGUUGUCUCUGAGUCCGAGGAAGGUGCACACACAAGCAGCACAGCUCCCCGGGCGCAACAACCACAACAGGAGUCCAACGCAACCUCUACGACGGCGAACGAUUGCCAAACGCCACAAAUAUUCCCUUGGAUGCGGAAACUGCACAUUAACCAUGAAAUGGCUGGACCUGAUGGGAAAAGGGCCCGAACAGCGUACACCCGCUACCAGACGCUAGAACUGGAGAAAGAAUUUCACUUCAAUAGAUACCUAACCCGGAGGAGGAGAAUAGAGAUAGCCCACACUUUGUGCCUCACGGAACGACAAAUAAAAAUAUGGUUCCAGAAUCGACGGAUGAAAUGGAAGAAGGACAAUAAACUGAAAAGUAUGAGUCUGGUUACAGGAGGUAGCGUGUUCCAUAACUGAGCUCGAACUGCAAGUGAUGAUAAGGGGGAAUCCGGAGUGUAAAACUAAAGCGCAGCACCUUUCGGCAUGUUGUGAUUUUAGACGGAAAGAUGUUCUGUGGUCUUAAACAGGCGUUUAGUUUUCCAUUGUGUUAUGGUAACCUGUAG